AUGAAUAAGGUUGCUUGGGCGGAUAGAUGCGACGAUGGUGAUAAGUUCUGGGAAGGGGAUUUUCAGUCGGACUCUCAGCAUGUUUGGCAACAAUUUCAUUCGAGCAAAUUGUCAUUUUCUGAACCCAAUCUUGAAUACACAGAACCUAUAUUUAGGAAUGGGCAGAAGCUGGCGCAAGUGGAUGUUGAAGAGGUGAGGAUGCAGUCUGCAAAUUGGAGCUCUACUGUGGUUUGCAUGGUUCUUGGAGCAAACCCUCCAAUGGCUGUGUUUGAGGGUUUCAUAAAAAGGGUCUGGGGUCAUCUAGGGAUUGCCCAGAUUUCUAGAAUGACUUUGGGGCUAAGUUUGGUGAAGUUCAAUGACGAAGCUACUAGAUACCAUGCUCUUGAGAAUGGAGUUAUACAUAUCGAUAGGAAGCCCGUUAUUGUUAGGCCUUGGGCAGCUGAUCUUAGUGCGAUUCGCUUGGUUCGUUUGGUUCCGUUAUGGAUUCGUCUUCACGAUCUUGGGCUGCAAUAUUGGGGGAGCAAGUGUCUUAGUGCGUUGGUUAGUACGAUUGGAAAACCUCUUAUGGUGAACAAAUUCAUUAAAGAGCGUUCGCGUAUUCAGUUUGCUAGGGUGUUAGUGGAGAUGGAAAUCACAGAUAAUCCCCCACAAAGUUUCCAGUUUAUCAAUGAGCAUGGUCAGGUGGUUGAUCAAGGAAUAGAGUAUGAGUGGGUGCCUACUAAAUGUAAGAGUUGCUCUGGUUUUGGGCACAAUAUGGCAGAAUUUCGGAAGAAUCUAAAGGCAGUGUGGGUGGAGAAAGUAGCUUAG